AUGUCCUUCGGCCAGACGCUGAUUGGAAUAGCCGCUGGUGCCCAAUUUACUUUUAUGGUAGUGGCGACAGAGUUGGUGCCUAAUCGACACAAAAUUGUCGGUAUGGGUCUCGUCACCGCUAUUGCUUUUCCCGGACAGGGUCUCGGCGCGUUCUUUGGUAACUCCAUCGUCGUGCAUCUGAACUGGAGAUGGAUCUAUUACGUUUAUAUCAUUGUCCUCAGUGUUGCCAUUGCCCUAUACUUUUUGUUUUACUUCCCCAAGGAAUUGGCAACUGAAUUGUCGCUCAAGCAAAAGCUACGAAAGAUCGACUACGGUGGCGCUUUCUUGGUGACUGCCGGCCUGGUCAUGUUCAUUCUCGGCAUUCAGAUGGGCGGCAGCACGUAUCCGUGGAAAUCAGGCAAGGUACUGGGUCAGAUCAUUACAGGCGGAGUGGUUCUGAUCGGAUUUGUCUUCUAUGAGAUCUACAUGGCUCCGGCGAGGCCUCUCCUUCCCAAGAAGUCCUUCAAAGACCUGCGGGGAUACACUAUGGUGGUUAUAUGUUCCUGCAUCGGUGGGAUCGCUUAUAUUGGUCUGAGCAUCAUCUGGCCAACACAGGCUGCCACCAUCUAUAAAACGCCGACAACGUCAUGGCAAGAGACAGCGUGGCUUUCGACCACUGUCGGCAUUUCGGUCUGGGCCGGGAUGGUCUUUUUAGGACCACUAUGGGGCGUAAUCAAACAUGUCAAGUGGCAGCUCGUCUUUGAGUGCGCAUGGAUGACUGCGUUUGUCGGUGCUCUGGCGCACUGUAACAGAAACAAUCGAGGGUUCGGUAUUGCAUGCUCCUUUCUGGCUGGCUUGCCGAUUGGGAUGAUUGAGCAACAGACUGGCGCUUUGGUCCAAUUGCUUGCCCCUAGCGACGGUGAGUUGGGCUCAGCUUUCUCUUUCAUGGCCGGGGCACGGACAGGAGUCGGUGCUAUCGGGACAGCGAUACUACUGGCGAUCCUAAACAGUAAACUCCCCGGAGAGCUUGAAAACCGAGUCGUUCCCGCUGCACUCGAAGCUGGUCUCCCUCAAAGCUCGCUCCGAUCACUCUUCGCUGCUCUUAAUGCCGGUUCCUCACAGGCCCUAGAGCAGGUCCCAGGAAUCAACCCGGCGAUCCUAACUGCCGUCUUGAAUGCUGUCAACGACGGAGAGUCCGCGGCGUAUGCCUAUUUGUACUACACCGCGCUCGCGUUUGCGGCGGUUUCGACGAUCGCGGCUCUCUGCAUGCGUGAGAUGGAUCACCUUCUUACCUCGCAUGUCCCGAAGAGGAUCGUGGUUAGAAGCGAAGACACAGCGGAAGGCAAGACUUCUGGUCAGCUAAGGUGGAGGAUCUGA